AUGACGGCAUAUAACGCAACAGCAAAAUUGCUUAAGCAAUAUAGCAAUAAUAUUUCCUUAAAUAACAACAUGUUGGAAAAUACUUAUGUCACUAAUUUAGUAGCUGUUGCAACAUUACGACCUGGUGCACCCGAUCAUAUGCGUAAAGAAUUUCGCUUGAAAGCCAAACAAUUAUCGCGUCUAAAAGAUGCAAAUGUGGCGCCUUUGGUAGGCGCCUGUCUGCGUGAUGAACCCAUUUGUAUGGUCUUAGAUUACAGCAAUUGUCUGGGUGAUUUAAAUCAAUUUCUGCAAGAACAUAUAGCUGAAACUAAUGCGGCUGCACAACAACCGAACAUGAUGAAAUAUCAAACGUUAAGUUAUGGCUGCCUGGUAUAUAUCGCAACGCAAAUUGCAUCGGGCAUGAAAUAUUUGGAACAAAUGAAUUUUGUUCAUAGAGAUUUAGCAACAAGGUAA